ACGGCAGUCGAGACGUCCUUACGCUAUUGCCAGUGCUGCUGCGUUCAAUUUCUCUCCAGCCUUUAUCCGUGCAACACCUCGGGAUCUGAGUGACAUACCCACAAUCGAUACAUCUGCAGAGUGUGAAAAAAGAGUAUUCAGCGGAGCUAAUGCCCGUUGCGGAACCGUUGGCCAGUUGGAACGAGAUAGCAAACCCAGCGAGAGAGGGGCUCCGAUAGCGAGGCAAUAGCCGAAGAAGCUGAAGAGGAAGAAGAGGAAAAGUGGUUCACUGAAGUGUUCGGAAGAAAAAUUAUCGAUUGGGUAUUUCUGUCUGCCACGAGCAAAAAAAUAGGGAAAAGCCCUGCGUUGGACAGUGGGGAAAUAGUGUGAACAGCCAAAUCGAAAAGUGAGAAAUGUGGUGAAUUUUAAAAGUGCGUGUGACCGCGACGAUAAGAAAAAAGGAAGCGUUUAAAGGAAUUUUUCCUGGCGGAGCUUUGUGCUAGCCAUUCUUACGGCUGCUCCACUGUUCACGGGGUACGGAAGCCAGAAAUAUUAGUUGAAAAGGAUUAUUCCGAAAGAGUGUGAAGAGAAGUGCGGAAAAUGAUCUCAUUCAAUAAUUUGCUGAGUGCCCACACCGGUGUUUGAUUGAGGAGGGCUUAAAAGAAAAUCGAUAAACUUGGAUUAUUGGCUUACUGAUUAGUAGUUGAGAAGUGCUGACCAAACGGGGGAAAAAAUUCACCUACUUCAUCCAAGCAUUUGACGUAACAGCCCACUUUACUCGACAGCACCACAUUAGUGGUGCAGGACUAUCGAUUCUCCUGAGCAACGCAACGCACCGGAGAAUCCGACCGGCCGACGGAAAUCCACCGGUGUCCUUCUAUUUGACUUAAUCGGAUCGGGGCUCAGCCUAUCCAGCGCCGCACUCUCACGCUCUUGGAAGUGUGCGUGUGUGUGAGUGAUACCUUUCUUUCGGUGCGUGACCAGUUUAUCCAGGAAAACCAGCCUUCAUGAUCGGAUCAUUUUGGAAUUUGUGUAGAGCGUGCCCAUCAAUGCCUGUAGACAAGCUCCACUCGGAAUACAGAAGUACCUAUCGAUGGCACGAGUACACCGGGGGUCCCGAGGUCGUCCGCAAGCCACCUGUGCCAAAUCAAUUUGCCAGCUCCAAGGUGGAUCACUUUUUCUCCAAAUCAACGGAGGAUGAUAAAUUCAUCGAAGCUUCAAUCAACGAGCCGCCCUUGCCGAGAAGGAAAAAAUGCCCGGAAUUGGCCUAUCGGUCACAUGAGUUUAUGUCAAGCCAGGCCAAUGAGCCACCGUCGACGCAUCACGGUGGCCACGACAGGCCCGAUGCCGCAACGACUCACUCACGUGCUAGGUCUGAAGAGCGUGGAACACCUUCCCGGCGCAGUAAAUCGGAAGGACCGCCAGGUGUCGCUAACGGACGGCUUCCGACCGGAACCGGAAUCGCUAACGGAACGCACGAGCCGGUCUCGGUCGAGGGCAAGGCGCAGGAACAGGCGGGUGAGUCUAGUGGCCUAUUCAAAAAAACUAUUAACAAAUUGAGCACAGAGUAUCGCCUGCAGUUCGUGUGGCCCCACGUGCGCAGGGCGAUCAAGGGGGCCCCGGGUGGCGAGGACUCGGUGAUCGACGCGCUGCCGCGAAAAUCCCUCUCGAUGGGUGCGAUCAAAGCCGCGCAGGCCGCCGCCACCAGCAGUCAGACAGUGCCCACCGUACAUAAAAAACGAACCACGAACGAGCGAGAAGCGAACGCUCACGAACUGGAACCGCUGGUAAACGAUGUGGACGCCGACAAGCCGCAGCACGAAAAGCGCGAUAUGGCUACCGUGGUGGAACAGAAGAUGAGGGCAACGAAAACCGAGAAGGAGCGAUUCGGUUUCGAGCCGGACGGUGGCAAUCGGGGCAAUGCGGACAUGGACACCGCCUGGUACAAGGAGGUACUGGAGCUGCGAAAGAAGGCCGGAGAGUAUAGGAACCGAGGAUGGGGCGUGGAAAUGAACCCCGAUCUGUACAAUAAGCAGCAGGAACUGUGGGAUCAGGUGUCCAGGCGAAGCUCGUUAAGCGCGUUGUCCCUCGCUUCUAGCGUCAGACCUAUCACAAAGGAAGAAAAAGAGAAGGAAAACAACAAAAAGAGUUCACCAACGAAGCCACAUGCUCGCGGUAAGAUUCCCGGUAGCGCUAGGCCAGUCGAGAUCAACAAAGCACUGCCGGACGGACAAGCGUUCUCGCGCAGCCGUAAGGACAACAUUCGACAUCAUCUGGAACGUACCACCGGACCGGAUAUGGAGGAAGGCGCCCUACUACCGUCCCCCACUAGGGAAAAACUAAUGCCGGCUAUUCCCCGCUCCAAGGCGGAUAGUCCCCAGCGUGGAAGCCCCCAGAAGACUGGUUUGUCGCGCCAUGGAAGUCCCCAGAAGGGAAGCCCCCAAAAGAGUAGCCCCAAGAAGAUGUCCAACAAAGGACGAUCCCAAUCGGUAGGGCCAACAGUAGCUCCCGACGCGAGUGUUGGUAGCGUCGGCGGUGGCUCUCCGAAACGUCAGAUUCGAUCUGGUAGCACUACCACUGCCCCAGCUGCUGUUCCAGCAGCCAAAACGCACAACAAGAAGACGCCGACCACAGCCACAACACCUUCUCAACCGGAGCGUCGACCAAGACCAACAACCCUACCCACCACCACCAAUCAUUCCCGCUCCAAGAGCAGCUCUGUGCCCCACAGUGGCCACACGAGAGUGCAUUCUGCUCCUCCCAGUAGACCCCCAGCGACCACCAACAACAUCAACAACAACAACCACAUCAACAAUUACAAUAACAAUAAUAAUAAUAAUAAUAACCUAAACAACACUAAUCAGACCCAUCCACCACUAUUGCCAACCAAGACCGACCAAAGCAAUAACAAUUCCAUUCCAAACCACCAAACCAUCACAUCUUCCGCCAACACCACCACCACUACAACUUCCUCGCAUCCUUCACGCGCUAAGCUCACACUCGGUACAAAGAUUGGCUCGCAGAACCGGCCCCGAGCGGCUAGUAGUAGCAAGGCGGCGGCAGUCGAUUCGUCUGCCAAUAGCUCGGCCAGUUCCACGUUGAAAAAAGAACCAUCGCGCAAAUCCGCACACAGCAAAACCGAAUCGGGAACCAAACUUGCUGGAAAUGAGGACGACGCUGAGAAGGACGGUGGUCUGUCGGCAUCCUGUGCGAGCCCACUGCCGGCGCCGGAGAUCAACGAACAGAUCAUCAAGUCGCCUCCGGAACCGACGCGGGUCAAAUCGCCCGAGCAGAUCAUUAUGCGCUCUCCAGAUCCGGUCAAUUGGACUGUACCGCUGGACACCGGCAAGACGUUCACCGUUACCCAAAACGUGAGAGAAGGUCAGUGCUUGAUAGGCGACCCUAUGAUGCGACCACAUAGCGAAAUCAAGGCUUCCACUCCGGUGGAGCAUCCACCUCCAGCACCACAGUCUGCACCGCCAGAGCUUUCCGAGCAAUCGAAACUACCAAAUAGUAAACUGGAACCCGAUUCCAUCAAGGAAUCCGAGGACGAAGACGAUGAUCUGCUGAAGUCCAAAUCGUCGGUUAACUCCUCGGUGAACCCAACGUCGAUGGCUGUACCGGUAGAACCCGCUCCGACAGCGGCUGCACCAGCGGUACAAAACAAUCCGGAUGUCCGGUAUGAUAAACCAGUUCCGGGGUCUACACUCCGCUGUCUCGACGAUCCGACCUUCGAGUCGGACAUCAAUUCGCCUGUGGCGAACCGAAACGUGGCAUCAGAUGUACUGGACAAAGCCCGCGACAGGUUCGACCGGUUCUGGGGCAAUGCGGAGGGAGUCAAGCCGGACGAGUCCUAAAAGCGGUGCUUGUAAGGAGGAUAAUUUUAACCUGUUAGGGUACCUUUCGCUGCAUUUUUUGGCGCUAUAGGACGACCCAAAGCCGUCUAUAGAUAGAUUAGAUCAAUGGUUUUCAUCUCGGAUUGCACGGGUUGCAUGUACGAAACCCAUUCUAGUGGUAAUCGCUAUUGAUUCGAACUACUCUUUCUCUGUAACCAAAAACAAAAACAUUCCCCUCAGCGUCCCGAUACGUAAUGGGAAAAACAGCGGGAGGAAACCAUUUUGACUAUAACUAUUGAUUAUAACAAAAACUAUCACACGACAGGGUAGACAUAGGAAUGUUAAAUUAUACUUAUAGGAUGCAACAAUGUUCAUGACUUUUGCCCGUCACGACGGUGAGGGACCCUUCAAAAGGGCACUCAUGCUCGGGUCACCCACAUUAGCCGCAGGAUCUCCCACUAUUCCAGUCUUGUUAUCUAAUGUUUAGACAGAAACAGAGCAACGGUGUUUUCUAGCAAAGUACGGUAGCAAAUAGUAGCCAUUUCAUUUCGAACUACCCCGACUUCAGACUUCAUAGAUGGAUGAAGAAAGCGCAACAAAUUAUCCUGGAAUAAAAAAAAUCCGCACGGUCUCUCGCUCGAAGAUCGUGUUAAGCAUCUCACUAGGCACCGAAACGGGCAUUAAAACGUCAAACAAUGGAUGUUGGAUAUUAGCCUGGGUCAUUGCAAUGCGUAUUUAGGUCACAAGAAGAUGCUAAGAUUCGGAAACAUGUGAUCUAUGAUCUGACUGCGCGUUGCAGUCGCUUGCAGCACUAUCUAACAUCUCGAUGUCACCUCAAAGAUCGUCCCAAAGAUCGAUAGCAUCCCUAUGGAGCACGCUUAUGAACAAAUAAUGUAAAAUCAGGACAAAAACUGGUUCAUGCGAACGUAAAACAAAAAAAAAACACAAAUCACAUCAUCCGUCUACAUUAUAUUGUUGUCGUUGCAGGCACGGCUAGCAAACGCUUUUUGCGAGAAACUUUUAUUUUCAACGUACCACAAAAGCCACAAUACAUAGAUAUACCAUUUUCAGGCACAUUUUUUAUACAUCCACUCUCGUGGUAGAGGAGCAGGACGAGGAAGAGGUGGAGGACAGAAAUCCAUCAACUUCGAUUUAGAUAGAUCAGGAUUCUAAUAAAUUACACAGAAAGAGAUUUUAGAGCGCAACAGUUUACAAGUCAAUAAAACAAACGCUAAAAGUUACAAAUCAA